AUGUACCGAAUAUCUCAGCUGAUGUCAACACCAGUAGCAAGUUCCCCUGCAUUGGAGAGAGAACAUACUGGACAGCUUUCACCAUCACGCAUUUUCCCAAGCUUUGCCUGUGAUUUCCUCGAUGGUGACAGUUCUUUUGAAUGCUGCUCCAUAGAUCCCCUGACAGGUCCCCCCACGACCUGUCGUCGAAGUCCCAGGCUUCUCACCAAUGGCUACUACAUUUGGACAGAAGACAGCUUCCUCUGUGACCAAGAUGGCAACAUCACUCUGAGCCCAUCACAGACCAGCGUUAUAUACAAGGAGAACUUGGUGAGAAUAUUUCGGAGGAAAAGGAGGAGCUGUCGUUCCCUUUCCUCUCUCUUCAAUCUUGGUGCCUCUGAGUCCUGGCUACGUGGCAGUAUCUUUGGUGAGAAUGAUUCCUUCCUAAGUGAAGACACCUGGCUGGAGGGGCUCCGAAGGCUGGACACUGACCAUUGCAGUGCAGAAGAAACCAGCCUACUACAAGAAGUCUCUUUUCAAGUCAUCGUCUUGGCUGCAUGCUGCAUCUUUUCUGUAUGUGCAAGGUAA